AUAAAUCUAGGUCAAAACAUUGAAAAGAGUGUGGACUCCCAGCUGAGAGUCGCCUAACACCAUGGGUGUAUCGAUACAAUGGGUAUGAACUCCGUCGAAAUUAUGGUGUUUAAUGAUAAAAGAUCAAGGCAAGUUGGCGAAGAAGGAAGACAUCACCGAUCCUCCGAAUGUGAAAACGCGAGCUAAAUUUCAUCACCAAAGGCGACAGACUUGUGAGAUAAAAUGAAACCUAAAUGAGCAAACAAGGUGCACUACUAACAAACAGUAAAUACCGACCAAGCAUGCUGAAAUUAGUUACUGAAAUGUUGUGCGAUCGAGGAGGUCAAAAGCUGAGUCCUUAUCUAUGUGCGCAUGUUAGUAGUUUCCAUACUUCAAAGAACUUCGCCGAAGAGGAGAGGAAUGGAGAUGUGAGGGUCUCUCUAUUGUUGUCGUCUUCGAUGGGGUUCGCCAGAGUUGGCUGCUCACCGCUUGCUGGUAAGCAGCUGGAGCUUCUGUUUGGUGUCUUCCUCACUGGAGUGGAGGAGAAGAGAGAAAGAGGCUCGUCGGUCGGAGCUGUUCCUCGCGCUGCUUCUGGCCGGUGCGGGCUUCGCUUGCAGGCGAGGAGAAUGACUCGUAGGUGGCGCCCAAUUGCAGGCUGA